GGAGCCCGGGAGCUCUGCUAUAAGGGAACGGGAGCUCACCCCCUCGCCUCUUAAAGGGGCCGCGCCGACACGGGAGACACCUGUCCUGCGGGAAGAGAUGCUUCCCUCUGGGCUCUGGCUGUAGGAUGUUGGAGAAUCAAGAGCAAGAAGAGCUGACCACGGUGCGUGUUCAGGACCCUCGGCUCCAGAAUGAAGGCUCUUGGAAUUCCUAUGUGGAUUAUAAAAUCUUCCUCCAUACAAACAGCAAGGCCUUUACUGCCAAGACCUCGUGCGUGCGCAGACGGUACCGCGAGUUCGUGUGGCUGAGGAAGCAGCUCCAGAAAAACGCUGGCUUAGUGCCUGUCCCGGAGCUGCCAGGGAAAUCCACCUUCUUUGCAGGCAGCACCGAUGAGUUCAUUGAGAAACGGAGACAGGGGCUCCAGCAGUUCCUGGAGAAGGUCGUGCAGAACGUGGUCCUCCUGUCAGACAGUCAGUUGCAUCUCUUCCUGCAGAGCCAGCUGUCGGUGCCCGAGAUCGAGGCGUGCGUGCAGGGCCAGAGCCCCCUGACCGUCACGGACGCCAUCCUCCGCUACGCCAUGUCGAACUGCGGCUGGGUGCAGGAAGAAGACACCCGCCCUGUGCUCGUGGCGGGGGCAGAACUCUACGGCAGCUGUGCUGGUCUCGGAAGCCCUCCUGUUCGGAGCUGUCUGAAACCCCCUUCGCGCUGGAGUGACUUCGGCAUGGAAGACAACCACUCGGAUAGCCUGGAUUCUCCUACGGAGCAGCCGGAGACAGACUAAGCAGCACAAAGGAUAUUGUACACCCUGUCUGGGAGCAGCGGCUCUUGCUCUGCGGAGAGCCGAGGAUGGCAGCUGAGUGGCUCCUGUUGGUGCAGGAUUGGGACCCUGCAUGGCACGUGGUCCUCAGCCUCAGCCCCUCUACUCCCAGCAGCUUGUGACCACUUCCUGCCAUCUCUGGACGGUCCUCUUAUGAGGCAGGUGCUGGGUGAAGACACAACUGAGCUGUACGAAAAGGGAACCAGUGCUUAGUAGAACCUAAGUUUGUUACUCCCCAGGGCUGUGUCAUGCUCUUGUGGGGGGAACGGUAUGUAUUAGGGAUGGAGGCUGCUUGAAACAAAAGCCAGCUCCCUUGAUCUUGGCUUGAUCCUCUGUCCCCUUGGAGCUGGGUCAUGGAGGCAGAUGCUCAUCAUUGCAGAGAUCCUCCUGGAGAGAUGUUGUCUGGAUCCCUGGGCCAAGCUGCUGAUCCUCCUUGCCUAGCAGCAGAUCAGUCAGCUGUCCCAGCAAUGCCCAGUGGAUUCUCGUUCCUAGAACUAGAAUUCAGUCUUUGUAGCAUUCCCCUCUGAAAAACCAACGGCCACAUAGGCACGAGCGGCGCUGCUUUGCAUGGCCAAGAGCCACAUUUAAACAGCUGCUGUGGGGCGGCCUCCCCUCAGCUGUGCUGAGCCAGAAACCCACACAUUGGGUCCUCCACACCUGGGUCCUCCUGGCCUGGCUCAGCAUGCAGGCUGCGUGCAGCUGGAAUGAGCCAGUGAGCUUUCCCUGGGGUUUCUACAUUGCAGGAUUGAUUCCUUCGUUGCGGCAGGGCUGGGGGAAUGUGUUGUGGUGGGACACUGAGGUCAGAAGGUUGGUUAUGCUCCUCUUUUGUGUGGGACACCCCUCAAGCUGGGCUUCCCCGCAGGAGAACAGACCUUUUGGCUAACCCAGACCUGCCGAGCCUAACAGCCAAUUGGAGCUGAAAAGGGCAAAGGGUGGUGAUCCCUAUAGGCAGCCACGAGAGAGCAGAACCGAAGAAAGAAUCCCUUAGUAAAGAAUGGGCAAUCCCACACUGCAGCUACCACCAGGACCUCUCUGCUUGCAGCCUAUUGGGUCCAUUUACUCUGCUGCUCCCCAGGCCUUUCCACCAGCCCAUCCUCUGGCACUGGCAUGGCUCAGAAGGCAGAGUUGAGGUGCUCUGGCCUGCAAUAAAUGUGAAGUGCACGAGA